CCGAGUAUGAUUUCGAAAUGGAGACAAAGGAUGCGAUCGAGGUGGGCCGAAGAGCCAUUUUCCAGGCCACGCACAGAGACGCCUACUCUGGUGGUCAAGUCAACGUCUACCACGUCAAGGAAGAAGGCUGGGAACGUGUGGGCGGCUACAAUGUACUGGAUCUCUACUACGAAUAUGAAGAUCUUCGCGCAAGAAAGUAG